AGUACUCUGAAAAAAAUGUUUUGCGGAGGCUGCAUAUUCUCAUCCUGCUUUGUGGAUUGUUGUAGGAGCCAAGUUAAAAGGAUUAGCAGGACGCAUUGAAUUUGAGAAUGUUAGUUUCUACUAUGCUUCAAGAAUGGAGAUGCCAGUGCUUCAACAUAUUAACUUCGUGGUGCAUCCGGGUGAAGUAGUAGCACUUGUUGGUCUAAGCGGUAGUGGGAAAAGCACUCUGGUGAACCUGCUCCUUCGGCUUUAUGAGCCGAUAAGUGGGCAGAUAUCUAUUGAUGGCUACCCACUUCGAGAUUUGGACAUCAAGUGGUUGAGGGAAAGAAUUGGAUAUGUGGGACAGGAGCCUAGACUUUUCCGCAUGGAUAUCAGCUCAAACAUAAGAUACGGCUGUAGUAGAGAUGUCAAUCAACAAGACGUAGAAUGGGCUGCUAGGGAGGCUGCUGCCCAUGACUUUAUUUCAUCUCUACCCAAUGGCUACCACACAGUUGUUGAUGAUGAUUUGCUCAGUGGAGGCCAGAAGCAGCGAAUCGCAAUUGCUAGAGCCAUUCUUAGGGAUCCAGAUAUCUUAUUGCUUGAUGAAGCCACUAGUGCUCUAGAUGCAGAGAGUGAACACAACGUAAAGGGUGUGCUUCGUUCUGUCAGAAGAGAACUGAACUCAAAGAGAACUGUCAUAGUAAUUGCACACAGGCUUUCGACAAUCCAAGCUGCUGACAGGAUAGUUGUGAUGGAAAGUGGAAAAGUUGUUGAGAUGGGUGGCCACAAAGAGCUUCUCCUCAAGGAUGGCUUGUAUGCUCGAUUAACAAGAAGACAGGCUGAUGCUGUGGCAUGAACUCUUGUUAACUGACAUAAAUGUUCUGGCGGAUUCUUUGACCAAGUUCGUUCCUGAUUGGACGCUGCAGAUAGGUUGGUGUUUUUUCUUUUCGAGCAAUUUUAGCAAUGUCUAUGCACCAGAUUAGGUAUAGGCUUCAGAAUGAAGAAGGCAAUACAAGAUUAGUUGCAGACAUUGCAGUUCGACCAUCUCAGGUUUUCUCGUGAGAAGGUUGGCUUCAAAGAUUCUGCUGCAUCACCGGCCAAAGCUGUAACCAUUGAGUUUUGACAGCGAUUGAUGCAUAACUGGUUCAAGGGGUGGGAGUAAAUAUAUAACCUGUAUAGAUAGCAGAUAUGUUUAUCGACAAAGAGCAGGUACUGUUGUUACAAAGUUACAGAAAAAACCCAUCAAUAAACCAAGGCCCAUUGUGUGAGGCUCGGCUCAUAUUUUCUUCUUUUAGGAAUUCAACUAUAUAGAUAUCCUCACCAAGACCAAUAAUGGAAAACCCUCGGUUGGCUUCCAUAACUGAAGAAUCUUUUGUUUGAAAUAUUGUUUUGCUAUUCUCUUUCCGAAUAAUUUGUUGAUUACUGAUAAUUUCCAUGGUUGAUA